GCAGCAGCAGCUCCUCCUCCUGGGCCAGAGCGGCGGGGAAGGUGCGCGUCGGUAACCAGGAAGCGGCGCCAAGAAGCGGCUCUAGUCAGGCGAGCGGGGCUGGGCCUGGUCUCGGCGGCCUGGCAUGGAGGGCGGCGGAGGCUGCGGAGGGCGUGAGUGUAAAAAUCAUAGCCACGGUCCCCUUGGCCAUCAUGGACAUAGCUGGUCUAACAUGUAUGAAGAAAAAGAUCUACCAAAAGAACAAGAUGUGCUUCCUUUUGCAGAGGACUACAGUAAUUUUGAUAUUGUCAAAGCAACUCAAUAUGGCCUGUUGGAUCGGUGUCAGGAAUUGGUAGAAGCAGGGUAUGAUGUAAGACAGCCAGACAAAGAAAAUGUUACUCUUCUUCACUGGGCAGCAAUCAAUAAUCGGCUUGAUCUUGUAAAGUAAGUUUUGUCAGUGAUUGCA